GGGCGCGGCUAGCUCCCGGUCCUUGCCGGGCGCCGGGCCUCCUUCUCCGCCCGGCCCAGGGCUGGCGGCCGGCGGGGGUCGCGGAGGCAGCGGCGGCGGCGCUGGCGGGCCGCGGGUGGCGGGGGCUUGGCGCCGGCCCCGGGUGUUAGGAGACAAGAUGGCGGCGGCGCUCCGGAGGCCGGUCCCCUCCUCUUCUGCGCUCUCCUCCGCCCCGCCGCUCGCCGCCUCCUCCUCGGUCUCCUCCUCCUCGUUCGCUGCCUCCUCCUCCUCCUCCUGCAGCAGCCCUAGCGACCGCCGAAGCUCCGGCCCGCUCUCCGGGAGCUCCGGAGGGGGAUAGACGGGGCAGCUGCGGGCUCCGGCGACGGAGGCAGAGCUGGGGCCGGGGCGGGGACGGCGGCGGCGGCGGAGGCGGCGGCGGCGGCGCCGGGUGGGGAUGGGGUCGCAGACGCUGCAGAUCCUCCGGCAGGGGGUGUGGGCCGCGCUCAGCGGGGGCUGGUACUACGACCCGCACCAGGCCACGUUCGUGAACGCGCUGCACCUCUACCUGUGGCUCUUUCUGCUCGGCCUGCCCUUCACCCUCUACAUGGCCCUUCCUUCUUCCAUGAUUAUAGUAGCAAUUUAUUGUCCUGUGAUAGCUGCUGUUUUCAUUGUUCUGAAGAUGGUCAACUAUCGACUCCACAGAGCACUUGAUGCUGGAGAAAUUGUAGAUAGGAACGCAAACGAGUUCCCAGAUCAGCGAGCCAAAGCUGAGCAAGGCAACUGUUCAACAAGGAGAAAAGACAGCAAUGGCCCCAGUGAUCCUGGUGGGGGGAUUGAAAUGUCUGAGUUCAUUCGAGAGGCCACACCCCCAGUUGGUUGCAGCUCAAGAAAUUCUUACGCUGGCCUGGAUCCAGGCAACCAGAUUGGAUCUGGUUCCUCUCGUCUUGGAACAGCAACAACCAUUAAAGGAGAUACAGACACAGCUAAGACUUCUGAUGAUAUCAGUUUAAGUCUGGGCCAAAGCUCUAGUCUUUGUAAGGAAGGAAGUGAAGAGCAAGAUUUGGCAACUGAUCGGAAGCUCUUCCGUCUGGUGUCCAAUGAUUCCUUCAUCUCCAUUCAGCCUUCUUUAUCCUCAUGUGGACAGGACUUACCAAGGGAUUUCAGUGACAAAAUGAGCCUGCCAAAUCAGAGCCACCACCACCAUGUUGAUCAGUCCCUGUCCAGCGCCUGUGACACAGAAGUAGCUUCCCUCGUCCCUUUACAUUCACACUCUUACAGGAAAGAUCACCGGCCGCGAGGUGUACCACGGACUUCCAGCUCUGCUGUGGCUUUUCCAGACACUUCCCUGAAUGACUUCCCUCUGUAUCAGCAAAGACGUGGGUUAGAUCCGGUUAGUGAGUUAGAAUCUUCCAAGCCUCAUUCUGGAUCCAAAGAAUCCCUGGUGGAAAAUUCUUGUUUAUCUGGGGAAUUACAGCUUGUUGGUGAGCUGAAGAGCAGUAAUUCUCAGCCACCUACCAGAAGUGGGAAGAGCAGACCCCUGAAAGCAGACAAAAGCAUGGACAGCUUGCGGAGCCUGAGCACGCGCAGCAGUGGGUCGACGGAGAGCUACUGCAGUGGGACGGACCGCGACACUCACAGUACCGUCAGCAGCUACAAAAGCGAACAGACCAGCUCCACUCACAUAGAGAGCAUCUUGUCAGAGCACGAGGAGUCUCCCAAAGUCGGGAUGAAAAGUGGUCAGAAGAAAGAGUGCUGUGCUGACCCAGAGGACAAGAGUAGCUGUGCCAGCGACAAAAGGACUAGUAGUGAACAGACUGCCUUGGAAGUGAGUGCAAAUAGUGGGGCUCAGGAGGCCCAGGGGUCUAAGACCUCUGAUGAUAUGCACAGUCAGAAAGAUCUCAGCACCUCUGCCUCCGAAGAAGCCAAUAAAAAUCCCCACGCAAAUGAAUUUACUUCACAGGGCGGCACGCCUCUUGGGAAAACUGCUGAAAACAAAGAGGAGCAGAGCGAUAAGUCAGCUGUUUCGGGGGAUUCCAAAGUUGGUAAAGAUGUUGGUGGAAAGCAAAAGGAAGGGGAUGUACGGCCUAAAUCCUCUAGCUUAAUCCACCGGACAGCCUCUACCCAUAAGUCAGGCCGGAGACGGACAGGAAAAAAACGGGCUAGCAGUUUUGAUUCAAGUCGGCAUAGGGACUAUGUGUCCUUUCGAGGCGUAUCUGGCACCAAGCCACAUAGUGCUGUAUUCUGUCAUGAUGAGGACUCCAGUGACCAAAGUGACUUGAGCAGAGCAUCGAGUGUUCAGUCUGCUCACCAGUUCAGCAGCGAUAGCUCGUCCAGCACCACUUCUCAUUCGUGUCAGUCUCCUGAGGGCAGAUACAGUGCCCUGAAGACCAAACAUGCCCCUAAAGAAAGGGGCACUGACUCUGAGCACACACACAAAGCCCACCUGGGCCCUGAGGGGGCUGGCAAAAAGCGGACAGCACGACGGACUUCCAGCACAAAUAGUGCCAAGACCCGGGCCCGAGUGCUGAGCCUAGACAGCGGCACAGUAGCCUGUUUGAACGACUCUAGUAGGCUAAUGGCACCUGAAAGUAUAAAACCCUUAACCACUUCAAAAUCGGAUCUCGAGGCCAAAGAGGGAGAGGUGCUAGACGAGCUAUCUCUGUUGGGACGGGCUUCCCAGUUAGAGACAGUCACUCGCUCUAGGAAUAGCUUGCCAAGCCAGGUUGCGCUUCCUGAAGGUGAAGAGCAAGACACGGUCAGCGGAGCAGCACAGGCCAACGAGGAGGCGGUGUCAUUUCGCCGUGAACGCAGCACAUUUAGGCGCCAGGCAGUACGGCGCCGGCACAAUGCAGGGAGUAACCCUACCCCUCCUACAUUGCUCAUCGGAUCACCCCUAAGCCUUCAAGAUGGUCAGCAAGGCCAGCAGUCCACAGCCCAGGUCAAAGUCCAGUCCCGCCCCCCUUCCCAGGCUGCAGUGCUCAGUGCUAGUGCCUCCUUGCUGGUGAGAAAUGGGAGUCUCCACUUAGAAGCAUCACAUGACAAUGCAUCUGCUGUAGGCGGCAGCAGUUUGCACGAUGAACUUGGUAAGUUCUCUUCUACGCUUUAUGAGACUGGUGGCUGUGAUAUGUCACUUGUGAAUUUUGAACCAGCAGCAAGAAGAGCAUCCAAUAUCUGUGACACGGAUUCUCAUGUAUCCAGUUCUACCUCAGUUCGAUUUUAUCCACAUGAUGUGCUCUCUCUACCACAGAUUCGAUUGAACAGACUAUUGACCAUCGAUACAGAUUUGUUGGAACAACAAGACAUUGACCUAAGUCCUGACUUGGCAGCUACCUACGGUCCAACAGAAGAAGCUGCCCAAAAAGUUAAACACUAUUACCGCUUUUGGAUCCUGCCCCAGCUAUGGAUCGGCAUUAACUUUGACAGACUCACACUUUUGGCCCUGUUUGAUAGAAAUCGUGAGAUCCUGGAGAAUGUAUUAGCUGUCAUCUUGGCUAUUCUUGUGGCUUUUUUGGGAUCUAUUCUCCUCAUACAAGGCUUCUUCAGAGAUAUCUGGGUCUUGCAGUUCUGCCUGGUGAUAGCCAGCUGUCAAUACUCACUACUUAAGAGUGUUCAACCAGAUUCUUCUUCUCCCAGACAUGGUCAUAAUCGUAUCAUUGCCUACAGUAGACCAGUUUAUUUCUGUUUGUGUUGUGGUCUUAUUUGGCUCUUGGAUUAUGGUAGCAGAAACCUCACUACAACCAAGUUCAAAUUAUAUGGAAUAACUUUCACCAAUCCGCUGGUGCUUAUAUCAGCCAGGGAUUUAGUUAUAGUGUUUACACUCUGUUUCCCAAUAGUAUUUUUCAUUGGUCUCCUGCCUCAGGUGAAUACAUUUGUAAUGUACCUUUGUGAACAAUUGGAUAUUCAUAUCUUUGGUGGUAAUGCCACUACGAGCCUGCUUGCAGCACUGUACAGUUUCAUCUGUAGCAUUGUGGCGGUAGCCUUACUGUAUGGAUUGUGUUACGGCGCUUUAAAGGAUUCUUGGGAUGGCCAGCAUGUUCCAGUACUUUUCUCCAUUUUUUGUGGUUUGUUAGUGGCAGUGUCCUAUCAUCUCAGCCGACAAAGCAGUGAUCCAUCUGUACUUUUCUCCUUGGUACAAUCCAAGAUUUUUCCAAAAACAGAAGAGAAAAAUCCAGAAGACCCUCUGUCUGAAGUAAAAGAUCCACUGCCUGAAAAACUUAGAAAUUCUGUUAGUGAGCGUUUACAGUCUGACCUAGUAGUAUGCAUUGUAAUUGGUGUGCUGUAUUUUGCUAUUCAUGUAAGCACAGUGUUCACAGUAUUGCAGCCUGCGCUCAAGUACGUGCUGUAUGCCCUGGUGGGCUUCGUAGGUUUUGUGACCCAUUACGUGCUGCCUCAAGUUCGGAAGCAGCUGCCCUGGCACUGCUUCUCUCACCCUCUGCUGAAGACGGUGGAGUAUAAUCAGUAUGAGGUUCGAAAUGCAGCCACUGUGAUGUGGUUUGAGAAACUUCACGUGUGGCUUCUGUUUGUGGAGAAGAAUGUCAUCUAUCCAUUGAUUGUUCUCAAUGAACUUAGUAGCAGUGCAGAGACAAUUGCUAGUCCAAAAAAACUGGAUACAGAAUUAGGUGCUUUAAUGAUCACCAUUGCUGGUCUGAAGUUGCUGCGAUCCUCCUUUAGCAGCCCUACAUAUCAGUAUGUCACAGUCAUCUUCACUGUGCUCUUUUUCAAAAUUGACUAUGAAGCUUUUUCAGAGACCAUGCUUUUGGAUCUCUUCUUCAUGUCCAUACUCUUCAACAAGCUUUGGGAGCUCCUUUAUAAGUUGCAGUUUGUGUACACUUACAUUGCCCCAUGGCAGAUUACAUGGGGUUCUGCUUUCCAUGCUUUUGCUCAGCCCUUUGCUGUGCCCCAUUCAGCCAUGUUGUUUGUCCAGGCUGCCGUAUCAGCCUUCUUUUCUACUCCACUGAACCCCUUUCUGGGAAGUGCAAUAUUCAUCACUUCAUAUGUGCGACCUGUGAAAUUCUGGGAGAGAGACUAUAACACAAAACGAGUGGAUCAUUCAAAUACCAGAUUGGCUUCCCAGCUUGAUAGGAAUCCAGGAUCAGAUGACAACAAUCUGAAUUCCAUCUUUUAUGAACAUUUAACCAGAUCCCUGCAACACAGUCUCUGUGGUGACUUGCUCCUAGGACGGUGGGGAAACCACAGUACGGGGGACUGUUUCAUUCUUGCCUCUGACUACCUCAAUGCGUUAGUGCACCUUAUAGAGAUAGGCAACGGUCUGGUGACUUUCCAGCUGCGGGGGCUCGAGUUCAGGGGUACUUACUGUCAACAGCGGGAAGUGGAGGCCAUUACGGAAGGUGUUGAGGAAGAUGAAGGAUUUUGCUGUUGUGAACCUGGCCAUAUUCCUCAUGUGCUUUCAUUUAAUGCUGCAUUUAGCCAGCGCUGGCUAGCUUGGGAAGUGAUAGUCACCAAGUAUAUUCUGGAGGGUUAUAGCAUCACUGACAACAGUGCUGCUUCCAUGCUUCAAGUCUUUGAUCUUCGGAAAGUACUCACCACUUACUAUGUCAAGGGUAUCAUUUAUUAUGUUACAACCUCUGCUAAACUAGAGGAGUGGCUCGCUAAUGAGACAAUGCAGGAAGGACUGCGUCUGUGUGCAGAUCGAAAUUAUGUUGAUGUGGACCCUACAUUUAAUCCAAACAUUGAUGAAGACUAUGACCACCGACUAGCAGGCAUAUCCAGGGAGAGUUUCUGUGCGAUUUACCUCAACUGGAUAGAGUAUUGCUCUUCCCGAAGAGCAAAGCCACUGGAUGUGGACAAAGAUUCAUCUCUGGUGACACUUUGUUAUGGACUCUGUGUUCUAGGACGGAGAGCUUUGGGGACUGCAUCCCACCAUAUGUCCAGUAAUUUAGAGUCAUUCCUCUAUGGAUUGCAUGCCCUAUUUAAGGGAGAUUUCCGUAUUUCUUCAAUUCGAGAUGAAUGGAUCUUUGCUGACAUGGAAUUGCUAAGAAAAGUAGUAGUGCCUGGAAUUCGUAUGUCCAUUAAGCUUCACCAGGAUCAUUUCACUUCUCCAGAUGAAUACGAUGACCCUACUGUGCUCUAUGAAGCCAUUGUAUCUCAUGAGAAAAACCUCGUAAUAGCCCAUGAAGGGGACCCCGCGUGGCGGAGUGCCGUCCUGGCCAACUCUCCCUCCCUGCUGGCUCUGCGGCACGUCAUGGACGACGGCACCAAUGAGUACAAAAUCAUCAUGCUCAACAGGCGCUACCUGAGCUUCAGGGUCAUUAAAGUGAAUAAGGAGUGUGUCCGAGGUCUGUGGGCAGGGCAGCAGCAGGAGCUUGUUUUUCUACGUAACCGUAACCCAGAGAGAGGCAGCAUCCAAAAUGCCAAGCAAGCUCUGAGAAACAUGAUAAACUCAUCUUGUGAUCAACCUAUUGGCUACCCGAUCUUUGUCUCACCCCUGACAACUUCUUACUCUGACAGCCAUGAACAGCUUAAAGAAAUUCUUGGGGGACCUAUCAGCUUGGGAAAUAUCAGAAACUUCAUAGUGUCAACCUGGCACAGGUUAAGAAAAGGUUGUGGAGCUGGAUGUAACAGUGGCGGCAAUAUUGAAGAUUCCGAUACCGGGGGUGGAACCUCCUGCACCAGUAACAAUGCAACAACUGCCAAUGAUCCUCACAGUGGUGUGCCCCAAGGGGGCACUGGAAAUGCAGGCCAGGGAUCGGGAGCAGGGCUCCAUCCGCCUGUCACAUCUCACCCUCCAACGCUAGGCACGAGCCACAGUUCGCACUCCGUGCAGUCGGGCCUGGCCAGGCAGUCCCCUGCGCGGGCCUCCGUGGCCAGCCAGUCCUCUUACUGCUACAGCAGCCGGCACUCAUCUCUCCGGAUGUCCACCACGGGCUUUGUGCCUUGUCGACGCUCGUCCACCAGUCAGAUAUCGCUUCGGAACUUGCCGUCAUCCAUCCAGUCCCGCCUCUCUGUGGUCAACCAGAUGGACCCCUCCAGCCAGAGCGGCGUGGCCUGUGUGCAGCACGGCCUGCCUUCUUCUAGCAGCUCCAGCCAAAGCAUCCCAGCCUGCAAACAUCACACCCUCGCGGGCCUUCUUGGGACUGACGGAGGUCAGAGCAGUGCCACUGAUGCACAGCCAGGCAACGCCUUAAGUCCUGCCAAUAAUUCACAUGCCAAAAAAGGGGAGGUGAUUUACAGAGUCCAAAUUGUGGAUCCCAGUCAAAUUCUGGAUGGGAUCAACCUGUCAAAAAGGAAAGAGCUGCAGUGGCCUGAUGAGGGCAUUCGGUUAAAAGCCGGGAGAAACAGCUGGAAAGACUGGAGUCCUCAGGAGGGCAUGGAAGGCCACGUGAUUCACCGAUGGGUGCCUUGCAGCAGAGAUCCAGAAUACUUUCUCUUUUUGUAUGAAACUCCAAAGAAGACUGUACAUCUGAGCAUUUAGGAGCAGCCAUCUUUCUGCCCUCUGUGAAUGGAGAGUAAAAGAAGCAGGUGAAAUUAAUUUCAAUCAUACAUUUUGUUUAAUCCAUUAUAUUGAAGGUAUUCCUAUCUCAGUAUGUGGUACUAGCUGUAUUUCAGGCAGUCGCUGGCUACGUGUGCUGAGUGGCUACUGUGUGGGACAACACAGGUUUAAAGCAUCUUUUGAUGAGGCGACAGGAAAGAGAAGCUGUUUUUCCUGCUAAUUCUGAUGUAAUUUCCCAGUAUAGCGUAAUACUUCAGUAGGAGGAGUGAAAAGUAAAGGGGUAAAUAGCUACUAUAUAGCAUCUUAGUGCAUUUUCACUCCAAAACCUAUUUAUUUUUCCUUUUUCUAAUUUUAAAUUUUUGUGGUUAUUCAGGACCCAGUUUGCCUUGUGUUGAUGUUUCCAGACUUCACACUUUAUAAAACCAAUUGUUGAAAAAUAUUUGUCAGAUAAUUUACUGAACCUUCACCCAAAGGUGCCCUUUCUAAAUUCUGACCAACUAAAAUGUAUUUUCCUGAUACUAUCAUUAUAAUCUGUAUUUGCCUCAUUGGUAAGUCUACAGUAUGCCAUUAAGGUUUAGGUCCUUUUUUUUUUUUUUUUUUUGUCUGAAACUGGAUAUAUGAUCUGUUUAUCUGUUUUAAAUUUUUUCAGAAGACUUAGGCUCUCUGCUGCUGUACCCUUUCUGAGAUGAUUAUGAUCUCUUCAUGGUCAUUGCCUAGAUGAGAAGAUAGGUGGAGCCUUUUCAGUCUUAAAUCGAAGAUAAUUCAUUUUUCUUUCUUUUUUCUGUUUUUUAAAAGAUAAUUCAUUUUUCAACACAGGGUAAAAAGAAAUCUGAACUUCAGAUGAUUCAGUCAGGGGGCUAGAAGUAUUUUUCUCCCUAGCCGCCCACCCCCUGCUUCCAGUUGUUAAACACAUCACACACUAUAAAAAGUCAGAUUGCAAAUGCAAGGCUAGAUUUUAUAUGGAACAUAAAUAUUUGGGUCUUGAUUUGGGGUAGUUAAUAGACAUUUUUUUCAAAACAAGUUGCAUUUUGUUAUCAGAUAGCCCUUUAGUGAAUUUAUGAAUUAGGAACCCUAAAAGGAGCCCUGUUCUUAUUUUUUAAGUCUAAAACUUACAGUCUUUUUAAAAUCAUAAUACGUCUCUAAUAAGUGCAUCAGGGGAAGCACUGAUCAUUGAAGAAGGAUUCAUGUCUUAAGAAUAAUUUGAUCUAAAUUGUUAUAUAGAAAUAUACACACUUUCAUUAAUUAAAUUGAUCAUAUGUGUCUUAUUCUACUCUGUCUCUGCAUCCCACACCGCCUUGGAGAAUCGUGAGCUAUUUGUUUAGAUUCCCUGCUUAACUUUUUCUUUGGUAUACAAGACUUCAGCACACAUACAUUAGUGUCUUUAGUUCACGAUUGCCAAAACUUUCAGAAUUCCCUAAUUUGAAAGUAAAAAUAUGUAAUUAAAACACUAGCUUUUUUAUUUUUUUCACUUGCUUUAAAUAAUUUUAUUGGUAUCUUUCUUGGUUUUCUUCUCAUUUGAUUUUGGUUUCUUUUGUGGGAGGUUCCCACCUCUAGAGAGAAUCCUGGAAUAAGUUAUAAGUUGUUAGCUUUUUUGUAAUUUUUUUCUUAUUCAGUGGUAAAGAUCAUUUUAUAGCUCAAAAUUAAAUUUUUGGUUCAUCUUCCAGCUUAUAACUUGGUGUGAGCCCUCUUUUUACACCAUUUUUCAAUACUUGAUGAAACUUUAUAUGUUCACUUUUUUCUAAAGAACUGUAAUUUUUUCAAGAGUCUAGAGUAGUAUAAGAUGUUGAUAUUUAAGGGGCUUGAGGGAGUAGAUGGUGAGGCUGUAUAUUUUUAAGAUAAGAGGAGAUUGAUUACCUUUCAGGGAAUUAGUGAACAGACUUCAUCUGUGUUCUGCCUUCUUUGAGUUUCUAUUAUUGGAAGAUUAACUUCCAUUAGAUUUGAAGUAUUUUUUUAAAUAUUACAAAUAUAUCUGAGAUACUUCUACUGAAUCUUGAAACAGAGUUAGUCAGACAAUAUUUCUGUCCUGAGUGAGAUACAGAAAAUUACUCGGUGUACCAAAUGUCAAGCAAUGGAAAUACAAGUUUUUACAUAGGAAACUGCAACUCAUUAAGAAGGUGUAUUUUCCUUCCUGGGUUGGUUUAUUUUUUUCAUCUCAUAUUGAAAUAUAAAAAACAGCCUCAAAUCUAAGCAAGGGUUGCUUAGCCUUAAUAUAUUCCACUUUGCAGCAUCCUUCUGCCUCUGCUUGGGAAUUCUGCAUCGAGUCACAUUCAUCCAGAACUGGGUCUUUUAAACUUGAGAUUUGCCCAAAGGCAAAAAUCUUUUUCUUUUAGUUGAAAAUCAGAAAUAUUUUCUCCUAAAUAUGUGACUUGAGAAGAAGAUAACAGUAAUUUUUGCUUGAGAAUUCUCUGAAUUUAUUUUUGCUAACUAUAAAACUAUAAAUUACUUUCGUAUUUGUUUUAGUUACUUUUUCACGAGUAUGGGCAAAGCCCUUUUUUUGUUUUAGUUUUGUUUUAAGUCUUCAAUAUUCAUUCUUUUUCUUUUUUGUACUAUAAUGUAAUCACAUGAAACGACUUUGCUUGGACAAAGACCCAGUCAGUGUUCCCCUUUGACGUGAUACCUUAUUUAGAUGAGGUAUAAAGCAUCCACUUUUAUUCUAGAGGCUUUUCCUUUAAUUCCAAGAUGCAUGAAGAGAAUAAUGUCAAUAAAGACAAAGGUGAUACUUAGACUCUGUUAACAGACUUUGAACUUUCAGUCUUAUGUGGAAAUUUGGUUUAUAUUACUCUGGAGAAAGAGGAAACUUAGAUAUUAUAUUACCAUUUAUUUGUGCAGCAUAAAUUUUAAUAUGUUGGAUAUAUAUAUAGUCUUUUUAAAUUAAGUAUUUAAAAACCAGCUUCUCUUUUCUUCAUUUCUCUUUAAAAAAUCUGGUUGAUAAACACCCAGGCCUUCUCAUUUUUUACUCAUUAAAUAUUUAGGUAAGAAUUGUGAUUGGAAAGAAAUUAUCAUACAAACAGAUCUGGAAGGUAUGUGAAUAGACUGCUAAUUUUGCUUCUUACAGAGGCAUAUUUCCUGCUUUAAAUUAUCUCACCAGAGUCAUCCUGUCAAGAAUUAUGUAUGAUAAGAAUCUCUGUAUUGCCCAUCAGCCACCUAUUCUUUCCAAAUUAGAGAAAAUGAGUUCUGUUUGUGAGCUAAAUUUUUAUUAUCUGCCAUUUUAUGGAAGCAACAUAACACUCUUUGGGGGAACCAGAGCUGAUUGUCAUCGCAAGGUUAUAAUAUGACAAUUCUGUUCUAAGACAUACCUAUUAUAUAGGGUUAUACCUUUUUUCCUGUGCCUCAGCUCUGUACCUGACAAUUUAUGAUUCAGCGGAGCCAAGCUAGAAGGAACAAAGGUCAUCUGAGAUUGUGAUAAGGAUGAAUUCCUGGUUGUUAUUUGCACAGAUGGGGUGAUACCCUGGAAUUCAGAACAGAGUAGCAGUAGAGGAUGAGAUGGCUGCUCCAGAUGCCUCGUGGGUUUAGUGUAAUUGUGGUUGAACAAGACUUUUUAUAUAUGAAGCUUGAACCUACAACCAAAAUCAUAGAAGUGGUGGGAAAAUCACGUCUGCUUAUGCUUUUUUAAAGCUUAUAUAGUUUAAGUAAAAAUAAAUUGUAAAAAAUGAUUACCUUAACCCUAUACAAGUCUGGCAAUGAGCUCUGCAUGAGGAAAUGGAAGGAGGAGUACUAAAAAUGGUUCUAGGAAGGUAGGGGUGAGGAAGGAAAAUGGGUUUCCUUUUUCUGAUCGUGGGCUCUGAAACUAUUCAUUGCCUCUACCAGCAUUCAGUAUAAACCAGAGAUAAGAAUAUAUGUACUCAAGUGUGUCUGUGAGUGUGUGUGUAUGCGUGUCUGAGUGUUUGUUAUUCUGAACAGCUUGUAAAUAUUCUAGUUGUUUAAAAUGGAAAAUAAAAGCUGAGAUUGUUUUUUUCUUUGCAAAUAUAUUGCAUCAAAGAUACAGUAUUGACAGUGGAUAAAACACUGAAGAAAUAAAUUUUUUUUUCA